CAGUGGCUACAGAUCAGGGUCUAAAACCUCUGUAAUCGCUGUUUGAUUUAGUUAUUAUCCAUAAUGCAUAACGUUUAGUCGAAAAGCAAGCUCUUCAGUGUUUCACAAAGACUACGUCUCACGGGGGGAUAACACCCUUAGCAGCUGACUGGUGGGCUAUACGGGACCUUUAAUGCAGCUGCAGCUCUUCAUUCAGAUGCUGAGUGGAGCAGCGGAUGACCGGAGGAGAGACGCUUUUCACGGAAAACCAGUCACAGCCUCACUUUAAAAGCAUUUUCCCCUCUUCUUCUUUUUCCUCCCUCAAACCCUACUUUGAUGCAUACCGAAGAAUUUUCUCCGCUACCUGUAAUAUUUAGGUGGGGAACUGUCCUGGACGCAGACUGAGCGGAUUGCGGCAAUCAAAGCAUCCUAAAUGACCGGAGCUCAGCGCCAGCAUCUCAUUGUUUGAAAUGCGUCACCGCGAUCCAGUUUACACAUAUCAGCUAUCCAUUCACGGACUGUUUUCACUGCUGACUGUUUCAUCAGGUAACCACAUGCGCGGGUCGGUGUCACCGCGCUGAGCCCGGAGAGCACGAAGGGUACAGGGUCAGAAAGAGACAAGCGUGGUCGGGGGAAAAGGUGGACCGGAUGACCGCCAGAACCGCUGAGGCCUCGGGGCUGUCGGUGCCGCUGCACCGCUGUCACGGAGGCUUCCCAGCCAGUAACGGCACCUGCACGGAGCAGCUCAGCUUCUUUCCGCCGUUCUCCUCCACCCUCGCGCUCCUCGUGCUGGUGGCUGUGCUCGUGGGGAUCAUCCUCGUCUCCCUGGCAACGUUCCACUUCCACAAGAGGAAGCUUCGGAAAAGGAAGAUCCAGCGCGCACAGGAAGAAUACGAGCGCGACAGUCGCAGCCCCGCACGCGCCGGGGCGAGCGGGGAGCCCGCGAGGCCGUGCGUCAUCGUCCGGCCGGUGAGACGUGAGGAGAAGCUAUCGUGCCAGGACACGGAGAGCGGAGACGUGGAGGCGGAGGACAAACAGGCGCCGCACGAGACGGUUCCUGUAGACUGUUAACUUAGCGCAACUUCAGGGAAUGAGACUGUGGAAUAAACAGGAAAAGCAAUAAGGCACAAAAAACACCAACACCCAUCUCCGCUGCUUGUAGAUGACCUAAAUAGGAAAAAUGCAGAAUGAGCAGAAUAGUAGGCUUAGAGGUAACACUAGUAGAAACCCUUUUAUAGUGACACACAGGUUAGCUGUGCAGCCACACACCUUCCUAUUUAGCCAACCAGUAUCCUUAUGGGACUGUAAAGUAUUUGCCUGCUUUGACUUUUGGACCUUUUCCUCUUCCCCUGCCUUAUUUAAAACUCAAUGAUGUUUAAAGUUUAACUCCUCCUUGGGAUGUGACACAUGGUUGUGUUAAAUUAUUAAGAGCUGGUGAUACAACUCAGAUCUUAAUGGCUCGCUGAACUUCCUUGGCAUGUCCUCUGACACACUACCAGUAUGUAGUUAGACUAUAAUGGAUGUUGUGGUGCUGUUAGGCAGUGCAAAGCUGCAUAUAUGCUAUAGAAACAGCUUAUUUGUUUGCGUAGUACUUUUUUCUUCAAUUAAGUGACUUAGCAUAUUUACAUAAAAUACCGUCCUCCAAUGUCUGUUAGACAUCUGUAGGUAGCUUUAGAUAGCUUGACAGGAUGCAAGACCUUUUGCUGUAGUUUGCUCUAGUACAAACUUUUUUCCUUAAAAGUGUCAGAUAGUUCAAGUUUGUGCGCUUAGACAGUAUUUUAAUUUUUAAGUAUUUAUAAUGUAUUCUCUGAUAUGUAAUAAACUGAGAAUUCUUCCAACAGAGGCUUUCAAUUAAAGCCAGUCUUUUUUGAUCGUUCAUGUCAUAUCAUAGUGGGCCUAAUAAAAACAUUUAUUAUAUGAAUUCCUUGUAAAUGUAUGGCAUUAUGCGAACUGGAAUGUUUUGCAGUGACAUCAUCUUUAUGGAGUUCAUAUAAUCUGCCUUAUUAAAGGAAAACAUGUAAUAUUAAAUCUUUAUAAAUAAAUGCAUAAUACAUA